AUGGGCUGCUCCAGCAGCGCCCGCAGCCGGGCCCAGGAGCCGCCGCCGCUGCCGGGUGAGACCGGAGAACAGGUGGAAACUGAGCUGCUCAGUGAGACAGUAAGUGAAGGGCCUGAAACAAAAGAAGAAGAAACAGGAGAAGCUGUGGAUAGUGCAGCAGCGACAGAGAUAGGCAUACAGCUGCUUUCUGCAUUUUUGCACAAGAGAGUCAAAAAUACUUUACAGUAA